AAAUGUCGUCGUCUGGUGAUUAUCAGGUUGCUGCCUGCGCGGCUGGCUUCACCAUCGGUUUUGGCUAUCUAACAACAGUCCGAGCGGUCCAUCAAACCAAAGCGAACAGAAAUCCAUGGCGGUCAGCAUACAUCUAUAUGGUAUGGGGAGAGAUUUUAGCAAAUCUUGUCCUUGCUGUUCUGUGUUGGCUUUGGUUGAAAGAUAUCGUCCACAAUGGACCUGCCCUUCUCUUCUUCAUUCUCUUUUUCUAUGUCUUCGAGGAUCAGUUCCUCAUGCAAAUCAUCAUCAACCGUAUCUCAAUCAUUUCUGAGCGCAAGGCUACGGCCCAAAGAUUGAAGAUUCUAACAGCAGUGGUCAUCUCAUGCAUCAAUGCAGCGGUGUUUUGUAUUUUCAUCCCUUCUCACCUCUCACCCCCACCCAGUAUGGUCUUCGUACACAUCAACAAAUACNNUUGCUCUAAGAUUCUCAUCAUGCUUGUCGACGCGUUUCUCAAUUGGUAUUUCAUUUAUGUCGUCAAGGCUCGACUGGUCAAGCAGCACGGUCUUCGAAAGUAUAAGCCAUUGGUAGGUUACUACACUCGCCUGGGUAUCAUCUCCGUNCUUAUGGACCUGAUGCUCAUCGGUCUGAUGUCCCUACCCAAUGGUAUCGUCUUUGUGCAAUUUCACCCUGUCGCAUAUAUGAGCAUGGCGGACAUGAUUAUCAAAGUUGCGCGAAGUAACGAGCAAGACAUGAACUUCAACUCUUCAUCGCAAGACACACCCUAUCCCACGACACUCAACACACAAAAGUCACAACACAACCACACUUUCAAUGACGACGAUGCCCACGGGAUUCCAAGAAACGUCACGAAUACCGCAUUCGUCAAUCACAACCGAGGCAACGAAGACCUCAGAGAGGAUAUUCACGGCAUAAAACGCCAAACAGAAGUCCAAGUGUACGUGGGCGACUCAGAAAGUGAAGAUCGCUCAAUCGAUCUUGAGCAUGGGAAGCCAACUACAAGGGACUUCACCCGCGACCGUGAUGACAUUGGUGGUGAUAAUCGGGCGAGCCAUCAUUCGAACGACUCGCAGAUACCUAUGCAUGACCUAGGCAGCCCUGUUGGUCGCUCAACA